CAAUAUCUGGAGAAUAUGACGGGUUCGGUAGGAUUUCCCAUUUCAGUGUUUCCAGCUAAGAAACUACCGAAAGAUGUGAAUCCUGUUGGUGUGUUUGCAAACAAUGAGCUUGAUUUAGAAGAAGUAGACGUAUAUGGAUUCGAUUACGACUAUACCCUGGCAUGCUACAAGCCUUGUCUACAUGACUUGCUGUACAAUUUAGGCCGUGAUAGAUUGGUAAAAAAGUUCAAGUAUCCUGAAGAUAUCUCAAAGUUAGAGUACAUUCCGGGAUUUGCAGUUCGUGGCCUCCAUUAUGAUAUCGAGAAAGGUUUGCUUUUGAAGCUCGAUUCAUUCCUUCAAAUACAGCUUGGCUCGGUUUAUCGAGGACUCACUAAGAUUCCCGAUGUGGAAGUUUUAAAACUUUAUAAAAAUCGCAUAUUACCUAUUGCAUAUGUUGAGGGCCAAUCCAAAAACUACCAGCCUAAUGCCAGGGGAAAAAUGGUUCAACUAGCUGACUUGUUCUCCGUUCCCGAAAUGUGUCUUUUGUGUAACGUUGCGGAGUAUUUUGAAGGAAAUCACAUCGACUACAACCCCGAAAUCUUGUUUCACGAUAUUAAAUCAGCGGUCCAAUCAUGUCAUCCUAUAAUGCACGAAAUUGUUAUGAAAAACGUGGAGGAUUAUAUUGAAAUAAACUCCAGAUUACCGGAAUAUUUUGAGAAAUUAAUUAAAGCGAGCAAAAAAUUGUUUCUAGUAACUAAUAGUCCUUUUUCCUUUGUAAAUCGAGGAAUGACUCUGUUGGCCGGCGAAAAGUGGCGAAAAUUUUUUGAUGUUAUAAUAGUUCAGGCGCGAAAGCCAAAAUUUUUUACAGAUGAUUCGCGACCCAUUCGCUUAUAUGAUGAACAAACAAAUUCACAUGUUUGGGAUCGAGUUUCUAAGCUUGAAAAAGGGAAAAUAUACUACGAGGGAACAGUAAAACAGCUACAAGAUUUAACUGGAUGGCGUGGACAUAAUGUGCUGUAUUUUGGUGACCAUCCAUAUAGCGAUUUGGCAGAUGUGACAUUGGAGCAUGGAUGGAGGACGGGAGCUAUUAUUAAUGAGCUCACUCAUGAGAUUGAGACAUUGAAUAAUGUUAGUUUUAAAACUAACGCGAAUUGGCUUCAAAUGCUAACCCAACUCAUAGAAGAAAUUCAAGACUACGACUGUGAGGCUGCACAGAUAUGUUUAGAAAAAUGGCAACUAGAACGAGAUAUGCUCAGGAAUCAAACUAAAAUGGUGUUUAACAAGCAGUUUGGCAGCGUAUUUCGGACAUAUCACAAUCCGACGUAUUUUUCUAGGCGACUUUUUCGUUUUGCUGAUAUAUAUACAAGUGAUAUAACAAAUUUGGCCAACUAUUCUGUCUUUCAUACAUUUUAUCCUCGACGAGGAGUAAUGCCCCAUGAAUACAUUUCGUACUUCAUGUAAAUAAAAUGUAUUUAUUAUAAAUAUUAUAUAAGCGCUGUCAUAACCGUAAUCGAUUUGUAAAUUUUAAAUCUAUCGUUGAAUUUUUUACAGUAGUUCUUCCUCGAAUUUAAAAGCUAGCUAUUUUUAUUUAGAUAACGCUUAUUAUUUGACAACACUUAAUUAAGCAGUAGCCGCUAAAAGCCCAAAUUUGGCUAACUACUAAAAUUAAUUUAAGUUAAGUGAAAUAGGUCUCCACAUGUAUUUUUUUUCGUCAAAAGACCAAGCUCAGAUUGAUAAAAUCAUGUAUGCCUUGAUAACAACUAAAGAUACUAAUAAUAUAAAUACAUACAAAUAAAAUUGUAUUUACUUGUUUAGCGCUUGAAAUGUUACUCAUAGGUAUUGGUAAUGUGUUGAAUAAAUCUGUUAUUAAAUGCAAUACAUAAUUAUACUAUACAA